AUGCAGGAACCUGAGUCGUCCCCAUGGUCUCCACCUUCCCCAGCCCAUCGGAAGAAGAAGCGGCAGAAGCGCACGGUGUACAGCAUAGAACAGCGGCUGCAGCUGGAGGAAUUCUACAAGAAGAAACGCUACGGGACCUACGAGGAACGGGAGACCCUGGCGAGUCAGGUGAAGGUGCAGGAGCACCAAGUGCAGGUGUGGCUCAAGAACCGCAGGGCCAAAGACCGCAGGCUGCAGCGACUAAGCGGUCAGCAAGGCCAGGGAGCCCACGUUGCGUCCCAGGAACCGGGAGCCCCCGCCCCUCAGCCUGCGCCUGGGGGCCCUGCAUUCCAGGGGUACCCUGUGCUCCCUGCCAGCCCUGUGCUGGCUGCCUCAUCUGUGUUCCCUGAGGAGCCUGUGUUCCCAGCCGGCCCUGUGCUCCCCGCCGCCCCCCUGCACCACGGGGGCCCAGCUUUCUGCAGCCCCCCUCCGCACAGCCCCUUCGAAGUCUUCCCUGAAGCAGAUCACCGCGCCUUCAACUACAGCCAGGCCUGUUGGGGCCCUGCGCAGGGCGUCCAGGGCACGGUCCCCGCGGCACUCGCUCCAGCUCCAAGUCCAGCUCCAGCCCAGGCCAGAGCCUGGCCUCAGGGCCCCUACGACUUAGGUUGCUCUACCAACCCUGUUGUGACCCCGAGAGUCACUGAGCUGCGCUCACCCAAAGGCCCCUGGGAGGGGCACUUUUCCUCCUGCCAGCCUGGGGCUGAGCAUGAGGAGCAUCCCUCCAAGCUCCUGGAUCUCUAA